AUGGAGCUGUCUAAUUUUUUUAAGUCUGGUGAUGCAAAGCAUAGAUAUUCGCAACUUCCUGCGAUAUAUGGUUAUUCUAAAUUACAUCAUAAAGAAGGAAUCAAAUUACUGACCGGAAGUUAUUUUGGCCGAUUUUCAAAUGAAGGGCUGGUACCAGAGACACUUAUUGAACCAUUGAACUACCUUUCUCAAGUAUUCGAUGCCGUGACAAAACGUCUAAUCGAAAUUCUUGAUCAGCAUUCAGUAUUCCAAACGGAACCGUCUUUAUCAACCCUCAUCGAACGUGCUGAUCUUCCAUUGAAAGAUGAGCAUUUCGGUAUGCUCGACAUUGUAUCGUACUUCAACAAUAAAAGUAGCUUCAAGGCCCCCAAGAAUGGACAAACAACCGAAGAAGUCAACUGUGUUCCGCAUUAUGAUCCAGGGCUGUUUUCAAUAAGUAUUUUAUCGACACACGAAGGACUUCAAUUGAAAGAUAUGACGAAUGAUGAUUGGAUAGAUGGACCUUUAGAAUCAAACAUUGGUGUCAUCUGGUUAGGAGCGGCAGCAUCGCGAAUAACACAAAAUCGACUCAAACCAGGUAUUCAUCGAGUCAUUUAUCCUAAAAAAUCGAAAUACCGACUGACAGUCUGGUAUGAAGUGUGCACGAUAGAGCAGUUGAAAACUAUAAGUACUGAGAAGAAAGAUGAACUAAUGGCUGAUGGAAACGUUACGUUUGACAAUCUUCUUGGAUUACCUCCAAUAACUGUUUUACCUGGUGAGACAAAGCUAGACUUUUUGAAACGAGUUGAAAUGGCAAAUGGUUUAUCCAUGAGUAAAAUGGGUCCACCACAUUAUGUACUUGAAAAGCAUGGCAUCGCGUACCCAGCCAAUGGUUUGAAAACUGAAUAA